UCGGCUGUUGCAGAUUGCUUGCACCUCCAGCUUUAUCGUGACAGCAAGGACAGAUAUAAACAAGGCCAAACCAAGGCGUCGCUCUCCCUUCAGCAUUUUCUCGGGGUUGAAACAGGUUUCACACUGGACAAAGAGUCCAACACAAUCGCCAUCUUGUGCCAAGACGUCACUGUAGUUCUUGCUUUCGAUACGAGGGAAAGGCUCAUUCAAUGGCAGGUCAAAAUCGCCAACAACCUCGGAGAAGAUCAACAAUAUCUCAUACAAAUCGGAUCAGCACCCCCGAAGGCGAAGAUCCCUCCGGGCCCGGCGAGACUCCACAUUCAAGAAUACAGGUUCUCCCUCACCAUGGGCGUCCCGCCGAGACUCAUCGGAGUUUGGAACAUCUCACAACUGAGGAGAUAUGGCGUGGUUGAUAAUAGAUUCUGUUUUGAGUGCGGGUCUGGAUGUGGUCGCCUUGAAGGCGUCUAUGUUCUUGUCACAGAUCAGGGCGAAGAGAUCACUAAAGCUUUCAAAGUCGCCUCAGAAGGAAAACUCAUCCCAAGGCGAAAACAAGUCACUAGAAAUGCUAGUUGUAAAUAUCAAAAUGAAUUAAGAAAUGUCAACACGUUUUAUACAAUAAUUUUAGUGUCCACAGUGAUGGAGAGCCCGAGAAGGCGUCCAAGCACUAGAUCGAAAGUGGACGGGACAGAAAACAGAUUUUCCGACGUUCUCUGGGAAUCCGCUGAAGUCAACAACAGCUCCGAGUACGGGGAUACAGUUUCAGUAUCUGAUCUUGCUAUAGACGGACAGCCAAAUGAAAAUUGGAAUACAGAUUCAAAUCGAUGCCAGAAUUGUAAACAUAAUACAAUGCCAAGAUCUUUAACCGUCUCCAAUACGCCUGGAACUGGUUUUAAUCCAGCUUGGAUAAUGGAAACUACCAGUUGUGAGCAUGAAAUGAGGAGCGCAUCUUGCUGUAACUCUUCUGUGAUAAGUAGUGACUCCGGCUGCAGAUCGAGGGCGAUUUCUCCGUAUACAAUGCAAUCUUUGACGUGUAUGGUGCACGACAAGCCUGCGAAACAACUACCACACCCUCCAAUGGCGGAAUCGGCCCAAUACGAGAAUUACGACACUCCGAGGUCAAUUUACUUAAACCUCAAAGAAGAGAUGAACCAGCCUAACAGCAGGAUGUCAAUAGCUUCAUCGUCUGAUGAAUAUUACGACACACCGAAGAAGAUCAAGGAUAAUUUGGUAAUGCACCAUGUUCAUUGCCAAAACCAUCCCCUACCGGACUGCCAGCAAAGUAUCAUCUCAGCACACUGCCAUCCCCCUCCAAGAUGCUCCUGCCAUGUUGUGCAGAUAUGUCCUUGCCAGAGGGUCCCAUGUGUCCCAAAACCUGUUUUAGUGUGUACUUGUGUCCGUGACACACAGUCGACUAGUGUACAGACUGGAAAUUCGUUUUCAAAUGGUGCAAUUUAUGCAAAGGUUGACAUGUUGAAAAAGAGUAAAAGAAAAAUUUUAAACGAAAUCCCUGACUGUUCUCCAAAAUCGACUGCUGAAAUGCCCAAGGAAGUUCCAAACUAUGCCAACAUGGGUUUCGCACAAUCUUUGGAGCACUAUGAGAACGUAAAAGAUUUGAGGAUUAUUUUAGACAAAGCGUGUACAAAAUGCCAAUGCAAUAAUAAGAAGAAGGAGAACGUUAAUGAGACCGAUGACAAUUAUUUAGUCAUGAAUCCUGUCGGAGACCCGGAAAAAGAUACAAACACGCCACCAUACUUACCGAUGAAACCGAUCACAUCCAGUACAAAAUGCAACUGUUCAUCUGAGCCUUACAAUGAACCUGUUUCCACUCAACCAAGGUCAGAGACAGCAAGUCCUUUCCUAAGACGGCACGACCCCAGCAGCUGUUAUGCUACAAAUGAAAGACGAAGGAUAGCACAAAUAAGAAGAAGGUCAAACUCCAUGGAUUCAGGGAGAUACCUAGACGGUUUGGAGUGUAUAACAGAAAGGACAGCUUCAUCUUCAACGCACAAUACGCUGACGCCGAAUUCCCAGUCGAACUCCGUCGACUCUUUGCCAAGCGAAAAACAAGAAACGCCGAAAAAGCCUCUGCCACAUUUAAAAGGUGUUUUCGACCUAGAGGUCUCUAGGAGACCGUCCAGCGUUCCAUGCAAAUCGAAUAGGGACUCGUCUUCGUCAAACGAUUCGGGAGUUUCGACGGGAUCUUUGAAAAAUUUUGGAACUGGAUUUCUUGAAUUUGAAACCAUCAUCACACCGUUGUCUAAAGUGAGACAGAGAUCACUCGACGCCAUGCCCUUGUCGAUGCCAAGAAGAUCUAAAUCCUCGGAUCCUCUCGAAGACCUCAGCUUCAGAUUCAGCAAAGCGGAAGUAAAGUCAUCAUCAGCAGAAGCAGAAGUACCGAUUUGUCCACCGAAAAAAGAAAGCACCAAAGAUUUAUCAGUUUCGAGCAGUUCCGGUGCAUUAACAAUUCCAUACAUAGAUUCCAUUAGUAGUAGCAGUGGGGCAUCUGAUAUGUCAGAUUAUAUUGAAACUCUUUCUUUAUCUUCAUACAGUUCUUCUGAACAUGAUAAUUUAAGGCAAUGCCAUUCUGCAGUUACAAUACUAAGGCCUCGAUCUGGAAAGGAAUAUCAGAAAAUUGAUAGAAGCAAUUUGGAAUAUGGAAAAAAUAAACUGACAGGGGCACAGCACGCAGAUUCCCCUUCACCAGGGUACAUUAGUUCUACUUCAAGCAACUAAGUCAUAGAUUUAUUUAUAAAUAUAUACAUAAAAUGUUUUUAUUGUUUAUCUAACUAUAAGGGCUUAAUACUUUUAAUUUGUAAAAGCAAUAAAAUUCACUAUUGAUUAAUAUAUUUAAAAUACAAAAUAACAAAUGAAUCUUGUAUAUUGUUGUACUGUAAGUAUCCCUUAUUGUAACAUGUUUAUAUGUUGUAUAAAUAAAAUCUAUUUAAUCGCUAUGUCACCCUACCUUACUCAAAAGAAAAAUGUCAAAAAUAAAAUCAUGGAAAGAUGUUUUUUAUUAAUAACGAUAUUUGAAA